AACCAGUCCUGAAAGACUUUUCUGGGCAAAUCGAGAGUUAGAGGAACAGAAGAAAGAGGAGCCAUGGAGAUGGAGAACAUUACCGCAGAGAAAGAAAGAAACGUAGAAGAUGAAGAAGCAAGUAAAGUGAUGCUUGAGGUCAAAACUGAAGCAGAACCAGAAAAAGAACCAGAAAAAGAACCAGAACAUUACUCUAAACUACGAAGUACAUCUGAGGACGUCUAUUCAGAAGCUUAUUAUGCUGCUUCUCCAUUUAAAACAAGACCAGCAGGAAGUCAGAAUCAGGGAAACGUACUUCUGUACCGUGCAGCAUGCAUAUUCCUGGGCAUAAUCUGCCUGGUGCUGCUGCUGGUCAUUGGUAUCCUCUGUCUGAAACUCCAAACAGGAUCCACAGUCUGUGCCGAGACACAGGAAACUACAGCAAUAAACAGGCCAACAAUUCCCUCAUUUGAUCGGACGUGCAGCUUCGAGGAGUGCCAGGCUCACUUCCAAAUGAUUCAACCCAACUCAAAACUUGGCUGCCAGCAGUGUGCUAACGGUUGGCUGCGUCUGGGCCAAUCAUGUUUUUACCUGUCCAGAUUCAGGCUUAGCUGGGACGAGAGUCAGAGGAACUGCACAGCUAGAGGAGGAUCUCUGGCUGUCAUCGACAGCCUGAGACUUCAGAACUUUCUGACUAAAGAGGGGAAGAUGAAAUACUGGAUUGGACUGAGACGCCAAGGAGCCACAUGGACCUGGGUCAACAACGCUGCGCUGCGACAGAGUUACUGGGGGGAUAAUAUGCCAGAAGAGGCUUGCGGAAUCCUGAGCAGCGAAGGCCCACCUGAGAAGAACUGGAUGAGAGCUUCCUGCGAAUUUUACACCUACUUCAUCUGUCAGGUGCAGCUCCAAUAGCUGUGACAGUCUCUUUUUUUUAACAGAAUAAUGAGAUAACCAAUAUUCUGUCAACAAGCAUCAACUCUACAAUUACAUUUCAAAUCAUGACUUUUUCCACUGCACACUUUAAUCAGUAGUAUCCUUCAAAGGAAGAAGAAUGAAGCUUCUUAGAUAAAAGAUGUAUUAUACUCAACACUAGAAGAGUUUUGCAAGAUUUUUGUAGGUUGUAUUUUCUUACAGCUUUAUGUAGCCAACAUGUAUGUAUUCUACUAUGUGACUGUUAUGCUUAUCACAAAUCAGAGUACUUCACUCACUUACUGUACGAUUCCAUAUACAACUGCAUGACAAAUGAAGGCCAGUGAGGUUGUUUUAAUAAAGUUUUAUUAUCAUA